AACGCUGUGCCUACAACCCCGUUCCCCCAGAUACACACACUCACAGACAGCCAUCCGUGUACUAGCGGCCUGUCCGACCUCUCUCAACCCGUGCUGUUGGUAAGGUACUAGAUCUUCGUGUACUUUGCAACAUUCAACUAGGUCAUCUUUGGGCUGACUGACUUCCACUGGAUUUUCCUACACUGAUCGACAAACUGCACACAGAAAACAGGCACAGUUUGUGUGACUGAACUGGAACUUUGUCCAAGGUCCAAAGUCUGGAGCUAUUUAUUAGCACUUCCCCAUGUUCUUUGAUUUCAUCCAAGCGCUUGCGCUCAAUCCCCUGGUGUUUGUGAUUGUUGUCUUGGGCAUUGUCUACUUCUUUGUUGCUGGGGACCACCCAGAUGACGCCCCUCCCAUGCCGGAGAGCCCGUACCCCUUUCUAGGACACCUGCCAAUGAUGAGAAAAAACCCCAGGGAAAAAAUGAAAGAGUGGACUGAAAAAUCAGGCAAUAUAUUCAGCAUCUAUAUAGGAAGCCAACUGACGGUUGUUCUCAGUGGAAUUGAAGUCUUGAAGGAAGCUUUUGUCAAGCAAGCUGACAUAUUCACAGAUCGACCUCAGCUGUAUGAUGCUAGCCUGAGCCCUGAGGGACACAAAGGUAUUAUCACAUCCUCUGGAGAAAAUUGGAAAGAACAAAGAACUGUCACUUUGUCCAUCCUCCGAUCAUUUGGCAUGGGAAAGAACUCCUUUGCUGAAAAAAUUGAAAAAGAAGUUGAGAUUUACCUGAAUGCUUUGAGCGAGUUAAAAGGUGAACCAAGCAAUAUAAAAAUCCUGACCGACAGCUGUGUGUCUAACGUCAUCUGCAACAUCAUCAAGGGCCAGCGGUUUGAGCUAGGAGAUCCAGAUUUGGUCCGCUUGUUGAAUACUGUGGACAAUUAUGUUCUUUUAACAGGUCGAUCGUUCAUCCUUAAUAUCUUUCCGUGGCUUCGUUUUGUGCCUGGAGACCCAUUUGCGGGAGUAAAGAUUAAGAAAUAUUUUACAGAAAUCAGAGAUUAUUUAAGGGAUAAUUUUGUGGAGCCAAUUAGAAAAAAUGUGGAUGACAACAACACUGAUAGCCUGAUAGCUGAGUACAUUCGAGAGAUGAGGAAGAGGCAAGCAAGUGGCACCGCUACGACCAUGGAUGAUGGGAACUUGAUACGACUGAUUUUCCAUCUGUUUACGGCUGGGACCGAGACAUCCAGCACCACCAUUGUUUGGUUUGUCUUGUUUAUGAUUCACCAUCCAGAUGUCUUGGCAAAGAUAUAUAAGGAAAUUGAAGAUGUUGUGGGAAGAGAACAGGUGCCAUCCAUCCAGGAGAGAACUAAACUGAACUAUCUAAAUGCUUGCAUCAUGGAGACUCAGAGACUAGGCAGUAUUGCGCCCUUUAGUCUUCAGCAUUUGUGCUCGAAAACAACAACUGUUGGUGGAUACACAAUCCCACAGGGCACUGUGAUUAUGCCAUGUCUGGACUAUGUGCUGCGCUUUGAUAAAUCUUGGGGUGACCCUCACAACUUCCGUCCUGGGAGAUUUUUGGAUGACAGUGGAAAGUUAAAAGUCUUUGACGAAUUUGUGCCAUUUUCUUUGGGUCGUCGGGUCUGCCUGGGUGAGUCUUUGGCCAAGAUGGAGCUCUUCCUCUUCCUGGCCAGGAUCUGCCAACGGUUUGACAUACAACCUGCUGUGAAGGGUCAACUCCCAUCUCUCAAAGGUGUCUUUGGGCUAACAGUUACUCCAGAAGCUUAUGAAGUCAGAUUUGUGGAGAGAGAAAUGUAACGCUCGUAGGGUUUUUUUCCCCAAUUUGGAAUUACUGCAGUUUGUUCGGGGUUGUUGUUUUUUUGCAUCAAAGAAAUUAUGUUUGCGGACCUUACCUGAAUGGUACCUUGUGGUGAUUUUUUUUCACUAAAAUUAUAACUUUUCAUGUCUUGAGACUUUUGCUAAAUUCUUUUAUUCACUUUAGUUAGAUGGUUGUGAUAAAACUCAACUAUUUUAUCAUACCUGUCCCAAAUUUGCCUAAUUUUGAUGAUUAUUUUUUGUUUUGUUUACCAUACCUGUGCUCUUGACAAGUCUUGUGUCAUCUUUUUUACUUUCAUGUAUUGAUUAUUGCAAUGCUCUACGAGCUAACCUACCUAAUACCAUUCUUCACAAAUCUCAACGUUUUCAAAAUCGUGCUCCAGGGUCAGACAAAGGAUCACAUU